AUGGAAUAUAAUUUUGAUGACACUAAUGAAAUAGAAAACUCUAAUGAGUUCGCCUCAAUAUCUCUUGUACCUAACAAUGAAACUACAACUAGCAAGAGACCAUAUACAAAUGAUUCAGCCCAAAAAGAUAUAAGUAAUAUGAUUGUCUGGGAUGAAUUAAGUUUUCAAUUCGUAGAAGGUCAAGGCUUUCAUAACCUUAUUAAUGGGUUGUUAUCUAAUUUUAGUAUUAGUGCUGAUAUGAUUAAACAAGAUAUCAUGAAAGCUUAUAAUAAGAGAAAAACUUUAAUUAAAGAAAUCCUUCAAAAUGCUGAAGGCAAAAUUUCUCUAAUUUGUGAUGCUUGUAUGUCACUUCAACAACUUAAAUACUUAUCAGUUAUCACGUAUUUUCUUGAUAAGGGUUGGAACCUUUUACAAACUAUUACCCUAGAUAAUGCUACUUCGAAUGAUGUUGCAAUUCAUGAAUUAGCCAAUUGUAUUUUACAAGACUCAUUUAUAAAUAUCAAUAAAGAUCUUUUUCAUAACCGCUGUUUUGCUUACAUUCUAAAUCUUAUAGUUAAGGAUGGGUUAAAAAAAAUUUUAGAUGUUAUUAGAAAG